AUGGAAGGCAUGGGUGACCCACAAGGCCCUCACCUGGAAGAUGUGUUGUUGGAAGAUGAUCGAGAAAGACCACAAGAAGAUCAAGUGACCAGUAGUGAAAUUACAACUUCUCUGACAUUAGGAAAGUUUGAUGAAGCCUCAAGACAUUAUUCCAAGCCAGAUUGGGUUGGAAUUCAAGAUGGAGCAAGUCAAGUUGAAAGUCAAAAUUCAAGGGCCAAGCUAGCAACUCGAAGAGCAAACAAGAAUUCAACAAAUGAAGUGCAACAAAAUCCUCCAACCGAUGGAUACAUUUUCAUGCCCACACCUGGACUUCGGGUCACGAGCGAUGCACAAUCUAACAACAUGGGUCCUUCCAAGUAG